UCAGCAUACAAGCAUCGCCAUCAUGAACCUCGAAUCUCUACUCCUACUGCUUGUCCCAAUGGGAGUCCUCUCCCAACGUAUUCUUGGCUGUCGUAUGUCAAACGGAGCCUUAAACCCAAGCCCAAACAUAUGUAGGGCUGCUGGUGGCACCUUCAAGACGGUCAAUUCCAAGCCAGGCUGCUGUACCAACGGACGGGAUGGCCCCGCUGUUACCGAGUCCCGAUUUGCCAAUGGGUGCAUUGACAAUGGCGGACAUAUCGGCGCUGGCGAAGUUCUAGCUUCCAGCUGUUGAGGUUCGCUUGGGAUGGUGGAUGGGAUUAUCACAACCUAAAGGGAGGAAACUUCAGCGAUGGGUCGAGCCAUAUGCAGUAUUUUGCAGGUGAAGAGCAACAACAAGGAAAAGACUGCAAAAGACGAUAAAUUCAAACAGCCUCAAGUGCAAGCUAAGUGCAGACAGCCGGUUAUAUUCAUUUGAGAUGUGUUCUGUAUCAUCAGAUGGGAAAUUAAGUGUCAGUUUAAUACUAUCAUAUAUAAGGGCAAAAUAUCGAACUUAUU